GGGACGACAAUGCUGUCUGCUACCUACCUUCUGGUAAUACAGCCAGAAAAUAUAUUUGAACAACUGUUCAAUUAUCGAACUGUCGUCUACAACAUAAUUAUGUCAACAUAAUUCAGAGAGUUGUACUCUAACAUGGGUCCACAUAUUAGCAUAAAAAAUAAUAAUUGAAAGCACUGAAAAUGCAGCAAGGAAAAUUUGAUUAGCUUGGAUAUCAGUAACAAUUUAAAUAAUUUUGCAGAACGGCUGAAGUUGGACUGUUUAUUAGGCCAACAUGUUCUUUACAGGCCAUAAAACAAUUAAAAUCCACUCCUGUUGAACAGUUAGCAGAGGCAGUCUGAUCGAAACCCAGCAGACAAAAUGCAAUACUUUAUCGCCUGCUAGUGGCUGACUGUGUGGGCUGAAGAUGUAAAUCUAACUGACGCAUGCGUCGCACAAGCCUAGCUAAGAAUCUAAAUCGAUUAUCGAGAUGUAAACAGUCGAUAUUUAUCAUGGCUGAUAAACCAAAUGCCCAGAAAAGUGUGAAAAUAGCUGCUGGAGCGGUGGUAUGCGUUGAAAGCGAAAUAAAAGGAGAUGUUACUAUUGGCCCCAGGACUGUGGUUCACCCGAAAGCUCGCAUCAUCGCCGAGGCAGGACCCAUCAUCAUUGGAGAGGGCAACCUGAUAGAGGAGCAAGCUGUUAUAAUUAACAGUUACCCAGAAAACAUCACUCCGGACACAGAGGGAGUGGAACCGAAAACUAUGACGAUUGGCAUCAACAACGUGUUUGAAGUUGGAUGCACAUCUCAAGCCUUGAAGAUUGGAGAUAACAAUGUAAUAGAAUCUAAAGCGGAUGUGGGCAGAAAUGUGAUCCUGACCAGCGGCUGUAUUAUUGGCGCCUUCUGCCCUGUAAACACCUGUGAGGUCAUACCUGAGAACACUGUCAUCUAUGGCUCAGGAUGCAUGAGACGGGUUCAGACUGAGAGGCCCCAGCCCCAGACUCUUCAGCUGGACUUCCUGAUGAAGAUCCUGCCCAACUACCACCACCUCAAGAAAACGGUCAAAAUGGCUGCCACACCAGUGAAAAACUGACCUCCCACCCAAA